UGCUGGGAAUCCUCUGACCCCAUUUCUGCAUUCCUGUGCCCAAAUCAUUGCCUUGGGGCCCCCACCACGUGUGCCCACAGCUCACCCUGUCAGCUGGCUGGGAAAUUAGCCUCCAUCAAGUUAAUUGCCGAAGCGCUCAAAGCCUGAAAUUAAACAUUAAAGCUGUCACUCGCAGGCACAGAGCGAUCCCCCCCUUCAGCAAAAGGCAAUUCCAGCUGUCCAAAGCGGGGAGAUGGAUUCCCCAGCUCGGGGCACGGAGCAGCUGGUGGCCGUCCCCAUCAGCGCUGUGGGAUGUGUCCCCGUGUCACAGGGUUGGGGACACGAUCGCCUUCUCCUUGGCCCCGCAGUGACGCACCAUCCCGGCGGGGAAAUGCAUCCUGAAUGGGGCUGAGCCCCCCUGCACGGGAAUAUGCAGCGUCGGCGCCGCGGGAGCAGCACCGGGGCAGCGGCCGGCGGCCGGCGGAAUGGUGGCAACCUUCAAGAUCGCCGUGCUGGGAGCCCAGGGCGUGGGCAAGAGUGCCAUAGUCCGGCAGUUCCUCUACAACGAGUUCAGCGAGGUCUGCGUGCCCACCACGGCCCGCCGGGUCUACCUGCCCGCCGUCGUCAUGAACGGCCACGUGCACGACCUGCAGAUCAUGGACUUCCCGCCCAUCCCCGCCUUCCCCGUCAACACCCUGCAGGAGUGGGCAGACGUGUGUUGCCGGGGGCUCCGGAGCGUCCAUGCCUACAUCCUGGUCUAUGACAUCUGUUGCUUUGACAGCUUCGAGUACAUCAAAACCAUCCGCCAGCAGAUCCUGGAAACAAGGGUCAUCGGCACCUCGGAGACUCCCAUCAUCAUCGUGGGCAACAAGCGGGACCUGCAACGGGGACGGGUGAUCCCGCGCUGGAACGUCUCCAACCUGGUGAAGAAGACGUGGAAGUGUGGCUACAUCGAGUGCUCGGCCAAGUACAACUGGCACAUCCUGCUACUCUUCAGUGAGCUCCUGAAGAGCGUGGGCUGUGCCCGCUGCAAGCACGUCCACACCACCAUCCGCUUCCAGGGGGCCCUGCGCAGGAACCGAUGCACCAUCAUGUGAGCCCCCCACGCCACUGUGCCCCCACAGGACACCCGUUUCCAUUGGGGUGACACUGCACUGGGGACACCUCAGUUGUCUCUUCCCUACAAUGGCUUUUGGGGACGCAGUGACCACCGUUGGGUUGGACCAGGGUGGAGAUGCCACAGUUGUCCAUUGAGUCCCAAUGGGCUCUGCUUCUCUGCACAAACAGAGCUGCUUGGGGGCAGCCACGCUGUCCCACAGACCUCACGUCCCCACAUUAGGGUUUCUCACUGCAUCGCCUCCAUGGGCUCCUGCUGCUCUGUGCCCAUCCUGGGCAGUCUGGUUUGAUUCCCCUUCCCCAAAGUGCUCUUUCCACUCCCACCAGCUCCCUUUCCUCCAAGCCUCAUCCUCUCCCUACAUGCCCCAGCUCCACAGAGGCUGUGCCAGCCCUGCCCUUGGUUUCAGGGGCAAAGUUGCUGCCAUGAAUGCUGGGCACAGCUCAGCAUCCCAAAUUCAGAUCCAGGGUGGAUUUGUCCCCAGCAGAGCCUCCCCCAGGGGAAGGUGACAUCCAUCCA